GCGCCUUUCCCGGGCGCAUCCUCUCCCAGUUCCCGCAAGGCAAGCGGACUGAUCCCGGGGGCGCCCUCCAUGUUUCCAGUGGAAGCCCAGCAAGAACUCUUGCGCGGGCCCAGCGACCGCCCUCGCAGCCUGUCAGUAAGACUGAGAAUUCCACUUUCGAGUUCUGCCGCAUCGACCAGCCCCUGUGCCACAACGAGGACGAGCAGCUCAGCUUCGAGGCCAUCCUGAACAUCCACAAGCAGAUGGAUGACGACGCCAACGGCAACGUGGACGUGGAGGAGAGCGACGAGUUCCUGCGGGAAGACUUGAACUACCACGACCCGGCCGCCAAGCACAGCACUUUCCACGGCGAGGACAAGCUCAUCAGCGUCGAGGACCUGUGGAAGGCUUGGAAGGCGUCUGAAGUGUACAACUGGACCGUGGACGAGGUGGUGCAGUGGCUGAUCAACUACGUGGAACUGCCCCAGUACGAGGACACCUUCCGCAAGCUGCAGCUGACGGGGCACGCCAUGCCCAGGCUGGCCAUAACGAACGCCACCAUGACGGGAGCGGUGCUGAAGAUGACCGACCGGAGCCACCGGCAGAAGCUGCAGCUGAAGGCGCUGGACACCGUGCUGUUUGGGCCUCCUCUGCUGACGCGCCACAGCCACCUGAAGGACUUCAUGCUGGUGGUCUCCAUCGUCAUCGGGGUGGGCGGCUGCUGGUUCGCCUACAUCCAGAACCGCUACUCCAAGGAGCACCUGCGCAAGAUGAUGAAGGACCUGGAGGGGCUGCACCGCGCCGAGCAGAGUCUGCACGAUCUCCAGGAGCGGCUGCAGAAGGCCCAGGAGGAGCACCGCACGGUGGAGGUGGAGAAGGUCUCCCUGGAGAAGCGGCUGCAGGACGAGAUCAGCAUCGCCAAGCAGGAGGCGCACCGGCUGCGCGAGCUGCGCGAGGGCACCGAGAACGAGCUCAGCCGGCAGAAGUACGCCGAGCAGGAGCUGGAGCAGGUGCGCGUGGCGCUGCGCAACGCCGAGCAGGAGCUGGAGUCGCACAGCGGCUGGGCGGCCCCGGAGGCCCUGCAGAAGUGGCUGCAGCUGACGCACGAGGUGGAGGUGCGGUACUACAACGUCAAGAAGCAGAACGCCGAGCGGCAGCUGCUGCUGGCCAAGGAGGGGGCGGAGAAGAUCAAGAAGAAGCGCAGCACGCUCUUCGGGACGUUCCACGUGGCCCACAGCUCAUCCCUGGACGACGUGGACCACAAGAUCCUCACGGCCAAGCAAGCGCUGAGCGAGGUGACGGCGGCCCUGCGCGAGCGGCUCCACCGGUGGCAGCAGAUCGAGGCGCUGUGCGGCUUCCACAUCGUCAGCAACCCCGGCAUCCACACGCUGGUGGCCGCCCUCAACAUCGACCCUACCUGGGUCGGGGCCCCCGCGCGGUCCGGCGGCCCCCACUUCAUCCUGACCGACGACGUGGACGACCUGGACGAGGAGCUUGUCUCCCCGCUCUCCAUGCAGUCGCCCACCCUGCCGAGCAGCCUUCGCCAGCGCCUGGUGGACCCGCAGCACUCCUUGGGAUCGCAGAGGUUGGUAGAGAGCCACGCGGCCCCCGGGCAGGGCCAGGGCGAGGCGGGGGCGCUGGUCCACUACCUGCCCGGCCGGGUCGCCCUCCGCCGGAUGCCCAGCCUCACUGGCAGCCAGUCCUUCAGCACCGACAGCCACCCGGCCACCACCUCUCUGCCGGCGCCGGGCGCCUCCAGCCACGCGGGCCCCUCCGCGCCCGCCUGCCACGCGCUCCCGAUCCUCUACCACCACACCACCUCCUCGUACAUCCUCCAGAUGGACGCCCUGCCCAACCUGCCCCCUCCCGACGUCACCUCGGGGACGCGGGGGCGCGCCGAGAGCUUUGGAGACCUGUCCCGCUCCGACUCGGACUCGUCCAUCCCGCCCGCGAGCGACGGCCAGCGCCCGGCUCCCAAGCUGCCUCCCCCUCGGCCGGCGCUGCACGGCCGGCCCGCGGAGGAGGCCCCCGGCGGCGGGGGUGCGUGGCCCGUGGAGCCACCCGUGGCCGAGAGCCCGCGGCCGAGGAAGAAGGCCCUGCUGCUGAACCACGGCCUGGAGAAGGCGGCCGGCCUGGAGAAGGCGGCCAGCCUGGGCGAGCUCGGCGCCGCGGGGGCCCGGCCCGGCCCCGCCAACUCCUCGCGCUCGCACAGCCCCAGCUCCACCGAGCCCGACACGCCCUCCCCCACGGCCGAGGGGCGCGCCGCCAACGGCACCAAGGGCGGCAGCCGCAUCCCGCACCUGGCCCCCAAGAAGAGCGCGGCCGCCGAGGACGACAGCGGCUCCACGGGCGAGGAGGGCGACCCCGGGCCGGGCCGCAAGAAGUUCCCCCUGAAGAUCUUCAAGAAGCCCAAGAAGUAGCGCCGGGGGGAGCGCACACUGGGACAAGCCCCCAGCCCGGGGCGGGGCAGGGGAGCACGCCCCCCGGGGCCCUUG